UUCGUAACCCUCAAUUUUGAUGGGAUUCCCCUUGAGCCUCGUUUUGGGGAAUAACCAAAGGCGUAGAACACGAUAAGUCAGCCAGCGCUGGGUCAGAAUCACUCCUUCAAGAACAUGCCUGGGACUGUAAAGACAGGCAAUGCAAAGCUGGAUGCUGUGGCAGAUGUGGAUAUAGACCAGGGGAAGUUUAAGUAUAUUCUUAUCAAAGUCCAUGACCCGAACAAAGACAGGGAAUCCAAGUACAUUGUCCGUGGUUACUCUCGAGCCGAAUUUCAUGCUGACAUUUAUGACGAAGUGGAGCCCAGUAUAGAGGGUUUGGGCCUGGACUGUGAGUGUGUUGGAGGAGGAAGGAUGAUUCAUGAUCCAGACAAGAAGAGCAUACAGGUGUUUGGUUAUUCCCAGGGAUAUGGACGAGCAGACCACUCUAUAUCAGCAGGAAUCUUGAAAAAGAACUUCCCAAGUUACACAAGUAUCACCUGGUCAAAUGAUGGAUACUGAAAGACUUAAGACUGGAAAUAUUGAAGUUUAUAGUCUGUUUAUAUAAUUUGAAAUGUUCAUUUCAUGGUCAGGACCCAGUGUCAACCAAUAUGCAAUAACAGCAUGUACAGUUGAACAGACACUUAUGUAAAACUUAAUAUCAGUCUUUUCAUGGCCAAGAAAUUUUAUCAGUACUUUUUUUAAAGAAGAUAUUAUUGUUUAUGUUGCCAAGUUUAAAGCUUGAGGAAAGAAAGUACAGUUAUGUGUGUUAUUUUCAAAAGAAGUUAGAUGCUUUGUAUAUGUCUGAGAAAAAGUGUAAUUUGAUGAUGCAUGCUACUGAAGAUGGCUGCCUGCCACAAACGUGAAAAUGCAGCUUAAAUGAAAUUGUUGAAAAUGUGGAGAUCCUUUGAAGGUGGCAUUUUGUGGUAGUCACAUCAAAUAUUGCAUUAGCUUAGACAUUGCUUAUUAUGACAAAAACAAAAAAGACAAAAAGAGCGACUGAAGAAGUUAUGGGUCUGCAUUUGUAUUAUAGAUGUUUGAAAAAAAUAAAUGAAUGCCAAAUCCAGCACAAUUAGCAUAUCAGCUGGACCAAAAAAAUGUUUUAGAUCUACAGUAAAUCGUUUGUCAUGUUUUAAUUUUUCUUCCAUUUUCUGCAAUUAUACUUUUUGAUUUGUAAAUUUACAAUUUAUAAUAAUAGCCGUUUAUUUAAUUGAAUAAUUGGCAUGCAUUUUUUUUUCAUUUUGACUUCUUAACAAUAACUGUUACAGCAAUACCCUGGGGGCUUGCUCUUGAGUUUAAUGCAGAAAGCUGAGAAACUUUUUGGGUAGAAAGCAUUUUUAAUGAUUAAUACAUGUAUUUGUUCAAAUUUGAUAUUAUGAAUGUUGUAGGCAUGUAAAAUGCAUCUGGAGUCCAUAAAGUAUCUUUUUCUGAUUCUUCUUAAAUGUGUUGCCUUUGUAAACAAAUAAAAAAAUCUUUCAUAUCA